AUGACCAAAGAUAAACUUCCAGUCUUGGUAGUGGGAGCUGGUCCUGUCGGAUGCUUUACCGCAUAUCGCCUGGGAAAGGCAGGAAUCCCAGUACGGAUUUUCGAGAAGGAGUCCACCAUCCCUUCUAACCCAAGGGCCGUUGGGUACUACGGUGCAACACAAGUGGUAUUCCAGGAGUCGGGACUUUACGACCUCAUCCGAGCUGAAGGAUUCAUGACCGCGGGACUAUGUUGGCGCACGCUCCCGAUCGAUGACGGCAAGGGGGGCAAAAGGCUAGGCGAUGUAAUUGCCGCUCAACCUCUCUGCGACCCCAAGGAUCCUGUCAAAGGCUGCCCGUCGGGCCUCCUUAACCUCCGCCAGUCGCAACUGACAAACUUGCUCCUGCAAGAAGCACUCAAAACUGGAUAUGUGACGAUCCAGUUUAACAGUGAACUAUCCAGUAUCCAACAGGAAGAUGGCAAGGUCACAAUCGACUUCGAGGACAAAGAUCUCCCAUCUGCAGCUGGCUGUUAUCUGGUUGGGGCUGAUGGCGGCAGAUCAAAAACUCGGCAGUUAGUCGGGAUGCCGUGUCUCGGACAUACAUGGCCCGAGAGACUCAUAUCCACAGACGUCGUUCUUGGCAAUUAUGUGGAUCCAGUCUUUCACACCUGUUUCAUCAUCGGUACCAAGAACUACACCAUCAUGACUCCCCUCACAGAGCCGGUUCUCGGCGAAAAGAGCUUGUGGAGGUGUGCCAUACCCCCGGAAGACGAGCGAUCAGAUGAAGAAUUGCUCCAUGACGAUGUAAUUCAAGGAUUCUAUGACGAAGUGGUCUCCGGUCCACGACCUCUCUCAACCGAGAUAUCUGCAAAGGCCAUAUACCGUAUUCAUCAACGCCUCGUUCCAUCCAUGCGUAAGGGUCGCUGUGUCUUGGCGGGAGACGCAGCACAUAUGAACAACCCAUAUGGUGCUAUGGGGUUGAACACAGGUCUUCUAGAUGGCGAUGCUCUGGCAGAGGCUCUGAUCAUGGUGUUGAACGAAGGUCGUUCCGACGAUAUUCUCACAAGUUACUCUGAUGCUCGCCGGGAGGUAUUCCAAUAUUUUGUUGAUCCUGUAACAACGGCCAACAAGCUGAGACUUCACCUACCGAGCGAGACCGCUGCGGAGGAUGACAGCUAUUUGAGAUCCCUGCAGAGCCCCACGUUAGAAGAUCUAGAAAAAGGGGCCAGGCCGUAUUUUGAGACGUGGAGGACUAAUAUGAGGAGUGGAUUGUUCUAA